AUGACUCUCACAGAAACUGUCGAAUUUGCUGUAACUUUACCACCAGGGAAAUGUCAGGAAAGAUUCAGUGAGGCCAGGAUAAUAAACCUUUGCUUCACUUUUAUUGGAUAUUACAGCGUAUUUGACGGUCGUAGAGAGUGUUCGCGCAGAAAUUCCAGUAUCAUAGCUAUCAGGUCUAUGGAAGAGGGGGAUCUUUUGGAAACUUUAAUGUUUUCUUUGUUUGACGAAAUCAACAAGUCGAAUGCAAACAAGCCAUACAUCCAGGGUAUAUGGAAUGGAACUCACUGGCUAUUGGAUGAUGGCAAACCGCUAGAAUAUACAAUGAAGUGGUCAACAAACACAGACCUCAGUAAACUAGAAUAUGGAGACUGUCUUAGUUAUUAUCCAAGACACAAUAAGAUUGCAUUCAGCAAUUGCAAAUCGUCGAGACCAAUAUUUUACUCCUUGUUCGAACAAGGCAAGAAGACAACUGCAAACAAACCAUACAUCCAAGGUCGAUGGAAUGGAACUCGCUGGGUGUUUGAUGACGGCAAAGUGCUAGAAUAUACAAUGGAGUGGAUAUCAGGCACAGAUCUCAGUAAAUUGCAAUACAACGACCGUCUUAGUUAUUAUCCAAGACGCAAUAACAUUGCAUUCAGCGAUGGUAAAUCGUCUAGACCAAUUAUAGUAUGUGCGUAUGAUGUAAUCUGA